CCCGCGCGGUCUCCAUGUCGAGCUCGGGGACCCUCGGCACCUACUACGUUUACUCGCUCAUCGGCGGCGAUGCGGCGGACGGAAUGAUGAGCGCCGCCUCCUCCGCCGCGGCCGCAGCAGCAGCAGCGGCGGCCUCGCGGUACACGGGCGGUGGUGGCGGUGGUGGUGGUGGUGGCGGUGGUGGAGGCGGCGCGCCCCACCCGCAGGCGGGCAGACCCGCCGCCCCCGUGCAGCUGAGCGAGCACCCCGACUUCCCCUCGUGCAGCUUCCAGCCCAAGGGCUCCGUGUUCGUCUCCCCCUCCGCAUGGUCGCCCAUCCACACGCAGCAGCAGCAGCCGCAGCCCGGCGGGGUCUUCCACCCGCACGCGGCCUACGUGGGGCAGCCGCACCUCGCCGACGAGGGCGGACGCUUCGUGCGCUCUUGGCUCGAGCCCGUGGCAUUCUCGGGGUUCUGCGGCGGCGGUGGCGUCAGACCCUCCUACGAUUACAAACUCGAGCCUUUGCAGCAGCAGCAGCAACAGCUGCUGCAACAGCAGCAGCAGCAUCGGCAGGCGGCGAGGAGGGGUGAGCGGUCAGACUCUGCCGCGUUCGAUGUGUCGCCCGGCGCGUCGUCGUCUGCUGCGACGCGCGCCGAGUUCCCGGCCGAGGCGCCCGCGGAGCGCCGAGAGAAGCCGCCCGAGGUGCCCGCGUUCCCGUGCGCGGACAAGUCGGAGGUGGACUCCGAGAAGAGCGACGACAAGGUGCACAUCGAUCCCAGCAACCCCACCGCCAACUGGAUCCACGCGCGGCCCUCCCGCAAGAAGCGCUGCCCCUACACCAAGUACCAGACCCUGGAGCUCGAGAAGGAGUUCCUCUUCAACAUGUACCUGACGCGCGACCGGCGCUACGAGGUCGCCCGCGUGCUCACGCUCACCGAGCGCCAGGUGAAGAUCUGGUUCCAGAACCGGCGCAUGAAGAUGAAGAAGAUGAACAAGGAUCGGGGCAAAGAUCUGCGUUGCUGAAAGUCUGCGAGCCAGGCUCACACACAUCCGUCCGUCGUGUCCACUGCGAGAGGCGGGUUGGAUGGACUUUACUCGAGAGAGAGAGAUAGUGAUACCCCUGUUUGCGUCGGGGAUGCGUUCCCGAAAGGCUGCGACGACGUUCUGUCGAGACGGCUUGGAGGAGGCGAAUGAUGAUGAGGCGACGGAUAUCGAGACAGGACGCUGUCUGGGACGUUGAGU